UUCGUGCCCCGCCCCGCUGCCCUCUGCCCUGCCCUGCUCUGCACAGGGUCCGAGUGUCUGGGCCUCGGCCCCAUGGCGCUGCAGGCGCUGCAGAGCUCGGGGGUGGCCUUCCGCAAGAUCCUGUCUCAUUUCCCCGAGGAGCUGAGCCUGGCUUUCGCCUAUGGCUCUGGGGUGUACCGCCAGGCGGGGCCCAGUUCAGACCAGAAGAAUGCUAUGCUGGACUUUGUGUUCACAGUAGAUGACCCUGUUGCAUGGCAUUCAAAGAACCUGAAGAAAAAUUGGAACCAUUACUCUUUCCUAAAAGUGUUGGGGCCCAAGUUUAUCACCACUAUCCAGAAUAACUAUGGUGCUGGAGUUUACUACAAUACAUUGAUCAUGUGUGAUGGUAGGGUGAAAAUCGUAGCAAUGAAUGAGAAUGUUGCUCUUAGGUCAGCCCUAGAUAAAAAUCUGAAGAGUGCUGUGACUGCUGCUUUCCUCAUGCUCCCCGAAAGCUUUUCUGAAGAGGACCUCUUUAUAGAGAUUGCCGGACUCUCCUAUUCAGGCGACUUUCGGAUGGUGGUUGGAGAGGAUAAGACAAAAGUGUUGAAUAUUGUAAAGCCCAACAUAGCCCACUUUCGUGAGCUCUAUGGCAGCAUUCUACAGGAAAAUCCUCAAGUGGUGUAUAAAAUCCAGCAAGGCAGACUGGAGAUAGACAAAAGCCCAGAAGGACAAUUCACUCAGCUAAUGACAUUGCCCAAAACCUUACAGCAACAAAUAAAUUGUAUUAUGGACCCUCCUGGAAAAAACAGAGAUGUGGAAGAAACUUUAUUACAACUUGCUCAUGAUCCUGACUGUGGAGAUGUGGUGCGACUAGGGCUUUCAGCGAUCGUGAGACCUUCUAGUCUGAGACAGAGCACCAAAGGCAUUUUCACUGCUGGCAUGAAGAAAUCGUUGCUCUAUAGUUCACUAAAACUGCAUAAAAUGUGGAAAGGAUGGCUGAGGAAAUCAUCCUGAUUUUGCUUGCUUUUAUACAUGUAUAGAUGAAUAAACUGUUCCCUUUUGACAAAA